GGCGGCGGGGACGCGUACUCUGGCCAGGGCGACGGCUACUGCGCGCCCGCGGCCAUGGGCAGGCAGCCACCGCCCGUCGAACCCAACACUUCUCAGUCCAUCUACCUCGAUGGCAGGUCGCAGCACGUUGGGGAUGACCCAGCUGGGCAGCCUCAGAGGCGCCGACGCACUCGGCGAGGAGAUCGACACGUCAUCGCCGCCACCUUCAAUGCCAAUCUCUCCUGGGCUCGCGUCGAAGAAUUCAUGGAAGAGGGGAUCGGCCAGCUCAUCAAGAGCGGCGGCGUCCCCGUCAUUGCGGUGCAGGAGCACGCGAAGCCCGCCGAGUGGUUCCACGUUACUGCGGCGGCGCAAGAGCGACGGGGCUGGCGAGUUGUGGGUGCGCCUGCCGUGCGCACGGCAGAGGGCGGCUACUCCGCGGGUGCGGCGCUGGUCACACCGCGCUGCCUGAGCCUCAGCCUGGCGCCAGACCGGCUGUGCUUGGGCAUGACCGAGGUCAAGGGCAUUGGCUGGGUGGCCUUUUUCUCGGUGUACUUGUUCACGGGCAAGCCCGUCACCUGGGCCUUGAACGCGGCCCCGCUGGACACCAUCGUGCACUGGGUCUGCCAGAUGAGGAUCCCCUGGAUGGCCAUGGGUGACUUCAACAAUGAACCGCACGCCAUCCUCGACAGCCCCUGGAACCAGGAGGCCAAGGGCCAAGUUCUGGCCUGGCAAGGGGAAGGAGGCACAUGCAGGUCCAAGGUGGUAAAGCAGGGCGUGGAGGAGUUUAAGGAUCGGGUCAUCGACUUCUUCUGGGUGGAUGCGAGGCUGGCCGUGGUCUUUUGCCCAGUGAAGUCCUUCGAGAACAUGCCCUACAGGCCGCGCAGGCCGACUUGGAUCCGCGCCGACAAGCCUUGGCACGCGUGCCAGAUCCAGGUUCUCAAGGGUCCCAAGCAGUACCCCAUGACUAGGCCGCCACCUGUCAGGCAGCCCGAGAUCCCGCAGGGCUACCCCAAGCUCGACCUGCUCCAAGGCUCGCAGCAGUGCCUGGACCAAUACGAAGGCCGAGGCUUGACUCCCGAGGUGGUGCAGAGACAGCUUCUUCCGAAGCAUGACAGCCCCGUGGCUGAUCGAGGCCCAGCCAGGGCCUGGCGUUGGGCCGCGGGGGAACUGGCCUGGAUAGGCCAACUCGUCUGCUGCGUCUUGCGGGGCCAGUCGGUGCCCAAGGACAAGUCGGAGGCCCCAGCAGGCCAGGCUACCACUUCGGGAGAAGGGCCUCCUCGAUCCUACAACGAGGAGGUCACAGGCCAGCUCAGACGGGCCUGGAGGAAGCUGCUCCAGGCGAGGCACCACUGGGACCAGCUGGAGCCCUGGAGCGCGGGGUUAUUGCCAGCGCUACGCACCCUCGCCGACGUGGAGCCCCACAUCAUCGGCGCGCAGGCCAUCUUCGCGCUGCAGCAGUUCGCCAAGGUGCGGGCCCAGACCUGGGAGCAGCACCUCAUGCGGCAGCGCUCCAAGCGGUUCUACGAGCGCCUGGGCGCGAAGUUCCCAGGCUCAGGGGGCUACUUGCACCGCAUCUGCCACUGGAAGCAGGCGUGGAAGGAGCCCAUCUCGUCGGCCAAGAAGCUGAAGCUGCCAGCGGACCCGCAGCUCGCGGUCAAUCAGGAGGCGCAGGAGUGGGCUAGCAUUUGGCGCGCUGGGUCAGGUGACUACACCAAGUUGUGGCAGGACACUCAGGUCCAGACCCAACGGAUGGCCCACGCGCAGGAGCUGCCCAUCAUCGACGCAAUCCAGGUGCGCACCAUAUGUCGCAGUUACAAAUGGAAGACUGGGCUCGGGCUUGACGGCUGGCACUUCGGGCACCUGGCCUGGCUCAGUGACGAGGCUUUGACCAGCCUCGGGGACAUCCUCAUGUUGUGCGAGCGGCUCUGCUCGUGGCCCACGGCCAUGCGCAUGCUCAUCCUUUUCCUGGUCGCCAAGGAAGACGGCGGCGGCAGGCCCAUCACCCUUUUUCCCACGCCAGUGCGCAUCUGUGAGGCUGUUCGUGAUCCCUUGAUUCGGCGGUGGGGGCGGGCCCACGUGAGGCCCUACGACUGGGCAUCACCAGGGCGCAGCAGUGAGCAUGCUGUUUGGAGAGCGAUGUUGGAUGACGAGGCCUUGGAAGGUACCUGUUUUGCGUCCCUCACCGCCUUGAUGGAUUUGGAGAAGGCUUAUGAAUAUGUAGCGCUCAACUUGAUUUGGAUUCUCGGCAUGGUGCAGCAAGCGCCCAUGAGUGUCUUGGCCCUUUCUCUGGAGUCGUACGCCUUCCCUCGGGCGGUCCGAAAGGGCCAGGCCGUCGCCGACGCCAUUUGUACCUACGUGGGGUUGCCCGCGGGGUCGAAGUGUGCCAAUCGCUUCCUGAAGAUUGUGCUGUAUCCGAUCCUGGACGUCGUGGCCCGAUGGCCAGGGGCCAAGCUGGAGAUCACGAAGUUUGUGGACGACUUAGCCCUGCGGAUGGUGGGCAGGAGCGCACAGCUGAAGGUGAUCUUCCCCGACCUGGCCCGCACCCUCAUACGCCUUUUGGAGUCGCCGCUGCAGCUCAAGGUCUCGAAGGGUGAGGGAGGCAAGUCUAAGUUCGUCUCCAGCGACGGCUCCUUGGCACAGGAGCUGGCACAGCCCAUGGCGGACAUCGGCCUGCAGCACGGUGAGAGCGAGCGCUGGUUGGGCGUGGACUACCAACCCCAGGGCCCCCGGAAGAAGGACACCAGAGCCAGACGGGUCAAGACCGCUCGAGGCCGCUGGCACAAGGCGGCGGCCCUCAAGCGCCGAGGGGUGAGGGUGCGCCCUGUGGUGCAGCAAGGCCUCAAAGCGUCAGUGGCGUAUGGGGCGACCUGCGCUGGCACUCCUCCUGCCGUCCUCAAGUUCGUCAUGGCCAAGACAGCUGCCGUGCGUGCGGGGGCUGGGACCUUUCGUUCGGGCACGUUGGGCUGGGCGAUCGCGCCGAGGACGGACGGCGCCGAGCAGCUCAGGAUCGCCCCUCUUCGGGCAUGGCUACGCGAGGCCUGGGACCAGCCCGAGAGACGGAAGGAGAUGGCCCACGCGUGGGGCCGUCAGUGGCCCAAGGUGCAGCGUGCCCUCACCUAUGGCCCCGCCAAGUUCGACGCCUGGAAGAUGGUGCGGGGGCCAGCGGCUGCCACCAUCCUGACGGUGCACGAGCUGGGAUGGCACAUGGAGGACGCCUGGACCAUCCUCGACGGCGUCCACGACAAGUGGGACAUCCGCGAGGUCGCCCCCCUCGAGAUCUUGCGAUCUGCAGAGAGGGCGGUCGCAAAGAAGAAGCUCAUGGACUGGGCGCUAGCUGAUGAGGAGCGCCAGCCGCUCCGACCCACUCCCUUCCUGUUGCCAGUCAAGCAGCUCAAGCGCUCCAAGACCACGGAGGCCUGGACGAGACACCACAUCAACAGUGCCAGGACGGUCGCGCUAGGAGGUUACCCUGUACAGACGGUGUGCUACGAGCGCGGCCAGGUCACGAGCCCUCUGUGCCCCUCGUGCGGCAAGAAGAAGGGCACAUUGAUGCAUGUGUAUUUUCUCUGUGAUGCAGAUGUGUGCGUCACGAUUCGUGAUGGGCUCACGGAGCCGACUCUCAAGAACAGUUUUCGAGACGUGGUGCAUUUGGGCGAGACGGCCGCCACGAAGGAGGAGCAGGGCUGCAGAGGCGGCGACACGCUUUUCUGGAAAUGGGCUCGCGGCCUGACCGCGGACCCCGUGGCUGACUACCAGGUGCCCACGCCGCCGGACGAGCACCAGUGGGGCGAUCCUGACGGCGAGAUGGUGCUGUCGGGCUGGCCCGACGUGGAGGAGGUAUCCACGGGAGGCUUCGCCGCCAAGUGA